UUGUGGGAUACGUUUUCCCAUUCAUCGCGGCAGGGGAAUCACAAGUCAGUCGGCUAUGUUGUCGGACGUAAACUAACGUGUUAUUGAGCUCCAAAAGCCAAUAGUUCUUACUUUUGGUUCAUAUGUGAAUUAAUUGGGAUUUAAAAAGACGAAAUGGUCAAGGAAAAACCGAAUUCUAUACGUACUUACGACAAAGAAGGAUUUCGGCGGAGAGCUGCUUGUCUGUGUUUCAAAGACGAUGCCGAAAAAGAGAUCCUCCUGGUGACGAGCAGUAAGGACAGAGAGAAGUGGGUGGUCCCUGGAGGAGGUGUGGAGCCCCUAGAGGACCCCAGAAACACAGCUGAGCGUGAAGCUCUGGAGGAGGCGGGGGUCAGGGGGAACUUAGGUAGACACAUCGGCAUGUUUGAGAAUAUAGAAAAGAACCACCGGACCACAGUUUAUGUGUUCCUGGUGACGGAGCUGAUGGACGACUGGGAAGAUAAAAGAGCAAUGGGUCGGACAAGGGAAUGGUUCACUAUAGCGGAUGCCCAUGCAAAGCUCUCACACAAACCCAUUCAACUCCACUACCUUAGAGAACUGCUCGAGAAACCCCUGGACAUGGUCACAUGACCACCAGCCAGCCAAUAGAAUUCUAGUGUUUGUGCUGCUAUAUACCAUAAGUUAACUCUAUAUUUAGUUGUAGGGUUUAUCCCACAUGUCUCAACCUCCGAUUCAUGUAUCACCCCAGUGAGUUCCUCCAGCCAGUGGAGUGGUGAUGAGGGCUGAAGAAUAAGAGUUAUCUGACCUUUGUGGUGUCGCUAUGGUGAUUUUGACUUCAUUGAUGUUGGAGUUUUCCAGAGUCGGGUGUUAGAUACCUACAUAUUAUUAAUGUUGGUCUCAUAGAAAAUUCAAGCGGGACCACUUGUUUGUCUUUUGAUUUAAUUUUGUGCAUUGAAAUAAUUUGAAUAUUUUAUUACCUCUUAACAAUUUUUAUCAAGGUAAACAUUAUAGCAGUAUUAAUUGAUGAGAGGCUCAGCUGUACACCUGUAGGUAUUAGAUCGCUGCUGUGUUAAUGAUGUGUCUUUCAGUUCGCUUUGUGUUUUGUUUGUUGAAUUAAAUUUAGAAAAGGGGGGGGGGGGGGGG